AAUCAACCGACCAACUGACCGAGAGGGCUGCUUCAAAUAUGACCGCGCCUAAGUUCAGCGUCUUGUAUCCAGAAAGGAGAACGAGGGAGGAAAUGGCUGAACCAGGUUAAACUCUGCUCCACCAGGUGGCCCCACCAACCCUUCUACUCAUUCCACUCGCGUUUACAUCUCUGGUGACCCGGUAUUCCGAAAUGGGCCUUGCCUUUACGGACAAAGUGAAACUACUUAACCCGUGGAACAGAUGACCGGCGCAUCACCUCGACCGCAAUCUACCCUGGCCUGUGCACUGAUCGUCUGUGGGGUGACGUACCUGAUCUGGACCACGGUGAAGCCAUCUUCUUCAUUAACGGCACCCGCUUUAUUCGAGGUGAAGGAAGCUUCCGGAAUGAAGUGUCCGAGCCAGAACGAGCGGCUUCUGACGAGGUACAUAGACGACUGGGAAGGGCCUCUGAUCCGGCGGCUGCAAAACACCAGUGACGAGGCAAUUGCUCGAGCAGAAUCGACCUCGUGGAGGGUUCUGCUGAAGGACACGGUCCACGUCUUCUCGGCUUACCUGGCGAACGCUACCGUUUGGGGCAUCCACGUCGUCGGCCUCGUGCGAAGAGACGUCAAGCUGGGCAACUCGUCUUCGUCGCCUAGAGGCGCGAUCGAAUGCCUCGUUCGCACCGCCGACGGACAGUCGCUGCGAAGGCGCGUAUUCGUGAAAGAAAUGUCGGAAGAGUUCCCCCACGUGUUCCUCAGGGCUCACCUGAUCUGCCCUCUGCAAGGCGUUGCUGAACUUACGGAACCAGUGUCUAUAACUCUCAGAGCCAUUGGGACACCCGAGGCUGAACAGGUGCAGGUACCGGUGCAGAAGCCACCUGCAGCAGCGCCCACCAAAUGCUGCUCCGUGUGCGUGCGACCCGUUCACGGACGAACGGUCAGGCUGUGGGAGGUCGUCGAGUUUGUGACUCACUACAGGAUGAUCGGCGCCGAGUCGUUCUUCUUCUACGACUCGAAUAUGAGCCAGUCCAUGCUGCGGCUGGUGGGGCGACUGCAAGCCGAAGGCUGGGACGUCACACUGGUGCCCUUCAAGUUGACUAUCCCGUACAACGACUCGAACGUCGGCUGGGGCCAGGCCGCGAUGCUGUCGGACUGCGCGUUCCGGUCCCGCUUUAAGACGGAGUACUUCGUGAACGUCGACUUCGACGAACUCGCAGUCCCAAGCGGCAAGUACGGCGGCAACCUGUCGGCCUUAAUCGAGAACGUCGAAAGCAGGCGGGGCACGGGCAAAGUGGGCAGCCUCGUUCUGAGGAACCGCGUCUUUUGCUACGAGCACCAAUUGAACCACGACUACGUUCGGCGAGGUGUGCUGCCGCUGCGAUCCAGGAUCUUGAACGCUCAUUCGGGCGUACUCAAGCACAACUUUACGCUCAAGUACAUCGCUCGCGCUCGAGCUGUUUGCUCUGCGGCGAUACAUAGGAUCACUGAGUUCUGUCGCGCGUCCGAAGAAGCGGUCUACGUGGACAGCAACGAGUUAGUGAUCAACCACUACCGCCGGUGCUGCGAUUACGGGGUAGGAAAGGAAAAAAGCUGGGGAGUUGAUCAUCGACAUCCGGGCUACCUCUACGUCGACGACAGCGCCAAAGCAUUGGGCAGUAGCUUCGACGGCUUACUACCAUCGAUAGCGAGCACUUGGCUGCGACACGAGUUCGAAGUCAAGGAAAUUUCAGAGGCCGAGAUAAUAAAUACCGAAGAGUAGUUACGAAAUGUCGAUGAAAUCACAAUCUAGUACACCUGGUCAGCCAAUAGGAA